AUGUCGUCGAUCACCCGCAUCACUCCCAUGGCUGCCCGCCUGGCGACUCGCAGCUCCAUCCGCUCCCCAGCCGUUGGUCUGAACCUGAACCGAUCGAUUUCCUCGACGGCACGGCUGGAAAAGGGUCCCGUCGAAGCCACCAAGGAUACGUUGAAGAAGGCCGACAAGGCGUUCUCCGGUGCCGCGGUCAAGGGUAUCGAGAAGGGCCAGGAAGCAACCGGAAAGAUCAAAAACAGCGCUAGCUCGGUGGCCGGGUCGGCCGAGUCCAAGUCCGAAGAAUUGAAGGGAGAAGCCGAAGCCGCCGCCGGAAAGGGCAAGGGUAAGGCCGAAGAGACCCUGGGCGAGGCGAAGGGUAAGACUAAAGAGGCCUAUGGCGAAGCUAAGGGCAAGGCCAAGGAGACCUUGGGUUCGUGA